UUACUGCACACCCGCUACACCCUUCGACGAACUCUCGCGCUGUUCCCAAAUGCAACCGAUGGAUGGCGCUGUUUGGGCAUUAGCCUACUGAAUGAACAUCAAGCGCAAUGGUAAGGCAUUUACGCUUACUCUUAUUUAAGCCAACAGUUUCUCAAAUAUUGAUAGACUGAUUAAAAUAGGCUACUUUAGGGCUUAGUUUAGUUAGUUUUUUUCUUGUUUCUUAUCUUCUUUUUACAAUAUGUCCAUACACGGUUCUCUUUCAUUAUUAAUUACUCAGGUGUCUGUAUCCCUGUCGACAUGGCAAAGGCUCCAGAUAUUUCACCAAUGGGUCCUAGAAAACGGAGACAAGAGGACAGAUGGAUGGCUUUUGGUUUAUUCUCCGUUGCCUGUCGGUGGGAUCUUCCUGUUUUACCUUGUCAUCGUCUGGCUUGGUCCCAAACUGAUGUCUCACAGAGAACCAGUCAACAUCAAAGCUCUCCUUAUUAUUUACAAUUUUUCCAUGGUGUGCCUUUCUGCUUAUAUGUUUUAUGAGUUCACAGCAUCUUCUUGGUUGGGGAAUUACAGUUUGGUGUGUCAGCCUGUUGACUACUCUGAAACUCCCUCGGCAAUGAGGAUGGCCAGAGUGUGCUGGUGGUUUUACUUCUCCAAAGUCAUUGAACUAACUGAUACAGUGUUCUUCAUUCUGAGGAAGAAGAACAAUCAACUGACCUUUUUGCAUGUGUAUCAUCACGGCACCAUGAUUUUCAACUGGUGGGCAGGGGUCAAGUAUGUUGCAGGAGGGCAGUCGUUCCUUAUUGGCCUCAUAAACUCUUUUGUUCAUGUGGUGAUGUAUAUGUACUAUGGCCUGGCAGCAUUGGGCCCCCAAAUGCAUAAGUACUUGUGGUGGAAACACUACCUCACUUUGCUUCAGCUGCUCCAGUUCUUCAUUGUGACCAUUCACACUGCAGUCAACCUCUAUGCUGACUGUGACUUUCCUGACUCCAUGAAUAUUAUAGUGCUCGGCUAUGCCUUCAGCCUGAUCGCUUUGUUUAGUAACUUUUAUUAUCAGAACUACAUUUCCAAGAAGACCAAGAUGGCAUGAUAGCAUGGAGAUUAAAAAAUACUGUAUAUGUACUAUGAUUGUUUGAAUAAAAAUGUGUCAUCCAUUGAUCCCCAAUGUGGCGACUGAGACUGUCUUAAGGACUCUGUUUAAUCCUUUAUCACAGAUCCAUUUGUCUGUGUGUACUCCCCUCCUCCAAACAGAGUCCAUACAAUCUCUACACUCCCAUCCCCCUCUGGUCAUUAGGGAUUGAGACCCUGCAACGCUCUAGUGAUCUGGCCAAAUUGAAAUAAACCCGAGUCCACCUUCUGCUCUUCACUCACUUAUUUAUCUAAU